GAUUUAGACAUCCCCUAUUGUUCUGUGUGUGUUUUAACAUUUAUUUCAAUUCAUUUUUGUUAACAUGAUCAUUAAGACGAUGAGUUGUUCUUCAAUAUUUUUUGUGUUGUUAUUUUCUUUACUGUUUGUUUUAGUUGAUUCACUUUGCAAUUUUCCAUGCGCUGUCCGAGAGAAACAAACAUUCUCAAGUCAAUUCGGAACGUUUAAGUUUUGUCGCUAUAAUUCAUCCUAUCUGAUCAGAAGUAGUGGAAGUAAACAGGAAAGGCAAGAGUGUUACAUGAGAAGCGGACCAUUCACUGUCUUAAGUCGAAAUGGCAAUCAAUAUCAAUGUGUGAAGGAAGUAGAACUCUCGGGAAAGAUCACGUGGGUGUACGAGAGCAAGUUUAGAACUUACAAACAUCCUCCAACUAUCUGUGCCAUUUGUUCGCCAAAGUAUAUGAAUCCAAUAGUUUAUGUAGCUAAAGGAGUAUCACUGAAAUUUGCAAAAUGUUCUGUUUUCUUGCAUUAUUUGUUUUUGGAAACAUUUCGUAAUUGA